AUGUCCAGAAAUAAAAAUAAGGGUAUACAAAAUGAUAAUGGGAAACUCCUUAAAAAACUUGAAGAAAGUCAACGACAAAAAAAUCCAAAUUAUCAAGAAUCAAGUACUAAUAAUUUACAUGUUAGUAAUCAUCCUUUAGGUUUAUUUGCAUUUUAA